AAAUGACCGACCACCUAGAACGAUUGGUCGACGAUUUAAGAGCUCGUUUAGAAGAACAAAGACUACAGAUUGCGGUUCUUGAGGAGGCACAGGAAAGAAGAGCCGAAGAAACAACAAUAAUACAUGCGAACCAACAGAGCGAUAUCGCCCAGGUUCCACUACAAGCUUCAAUGAAUAAUCCCCCUAGAAUACCUGAUUUAAUAAGAAUGAUUCCCGAAUUUGACGGAAGCCCACGAAAAUUACCUCGUUGGAUAGAAUCCGUCGAACAAAAGCUGAACGAGUCCAAAAAAUUCGUUCCGCAAAACGAAAUUCCACAAAUUUUGCCUAUUUGGGUAGGCAUAAUUCGCGACAAAAUCAUUGACAAAGCCAAUGAUGUCCUCUCUGCGGGACAUACUCCCCUAGAUUGGAAUUCCAUUAAAAACACUUUAACCGACUAUUUUGGCGAUAAGUCUGACUUAUCAUCAUUGGUGUCGAAACUCACUAACCUGAAACAAGGUUCGAGUAGUGUGGCUGAAUUUCAUUAUGUUUGUAGAUCUCUGUUGGCAGAGAUCAAUGCAAAAAUUUCGCUAAGCAGUAAUUCUGCUAAUGAAGCCAAAGCGAUCAUGGGGACAUAUGAGACCCUCAUGAUCAACGCUUUUGUGGACGGACUCCACGACACGGUGUCAGAUCUAACAAGAUCCACGAGACCGCAGUCUCUCCAAGCCGCAUAUCAAGUUGCCUCCGAGCAGGAAGCAGCUAUGAGGAGAAGGCGAGAGAGAAAUUUAAAACAAACUAAUGAUGUUUUACAAACAAAGCGAAACGUGUUUAAUGUACCAGCUGUACAGCAAAGACCGUUCUAUGCGCAAGGGAAUUAUCCUAUGCAACCACGAGCACAAAAUCCAAACACCAGACCUUUCGUUCAGCCCGCUUAUAAACCUGGUCUCUAUUAUCAACAAACAAGACCAGUUUUCCAACAACAAAAUUAUCCACAAGCUAGACCAGUGUUCCCACAACAAUACAGACCACCUCUUCAAAAUUCGAAUCCCGUACUAGCAAUAAAACAAGAAGCCUCAUCAAAUCAGUCUAGAAACAAUAAUAGACCCACACAGAAUAUCAACAUACAUGAAGAAAGUGAAAGCAUCCCGGAAACUACAGAACAACCCCAAUAUUCAAACCAAAAUUUUCCAUAUCACGGAAUGGCAUACGUUUCUACAAGUGAAUCCAAUAUUGACUAUGCAGAUGCAGUGCUCGACACAGAUCACUCAGUAGAUUAUAAUAAUGAAGAACUCCCAUCGGAUCAGCUAAAUUUUCAUAUACUGGAGGGCCCAACCCCGAUCGAAUGACCAACAACUGUCUGCCGUUCUUAGAAAUCACUAACACAAAAUUCGGUACGCUCCGUUUCCUAAUCGACACGGGAGCAAACAAAAAUUAUAUUUCACCUGCAUUAGUUCCACCUCAGAUAAUAAAACUAUGCCCCACAAAAACAGUUAGGAACAUAAGCGGAAAAUAUCAAAUGAACCAAUAUACACUCUUCAACCCAUUUGCAAACUUCGAUAAAUCAUUACCCGCGCAAAAGUUCUACUUAUUUAACUUUCAUAAUUACUUCCAUGGUCUAAUAGGUUAUGAAACACUACGAUCUUUAAAUUCUGUCUUAGAUACGGCGGGAGAUAUUUUGAAAAUCGGAGAUGUUUCAAUCCCGUUACAAAAGAAAUAUCCUGAAAUUACCCAAAUAAAUGCCAACGAAACAAAACCUUUAACAAUAACGACUUCUGUGGCUAAUGGAGAUUUUUUAAUUGAUCAUGAAAUUGAAAUACUGCCCGAAUUAAAAAUUCUUUCUGGGAUAUACAAAAGCUUAAAUAAUGAAGCUAAAAUUUUAGUUCACAAUUAUUCCGAAACCGUAAAAGACGUCAGCAUUUUUGACAUGUUGCAAGUUGAGGUCAAUAAUUUUGAAACAAGAUCUGUAGAUGCAGAAAAGGGAGAAUUAGGAUACUUUCGAAAUUGUAAAACUAGAUCUCCACCUUAUAAGAUACGACAUGAACAUUUAAAUGGCGAAGAGAAGUCGAAACUUUUCAAGGUUCUCGACGAAUUUCAAGACGUUUUCCAUACAGAUGAUACUGUACCACUAACUUUCACUAACGCUAUACGACAUCAAAUUAACACGAAAGAUGAUUUACCCGUAUAUACAAAAUCGUAUAGAUACCCUUUUUUUCAUAAAGCCGAAGUUCAAAAUCAAAUAGGAAAAAUGUUAAGUCAGGGCAUUAUUCGUCCUUCGAAUAGCCCCUGGUCUUCACCGAUAUGGAUAGUCCCGAAGAAAUUAGAUUCUUCAGGCCAAAAGAAGUGGCGAUUAGUCAUCGAUUAUCGGAAGUUAAACGACAAAACUGUCGACGAUCGAUACCCGAUCCCAAACAUCACUGACAUCCUGGAUAAAUUAGGAAGAUGUCAGUACUUUUCAACGAUCGAUUUGGCCUCUGGGUUUCACCAGAUCGAAGUCGACAAAAAAGAUAUUUUUAAGACAGCUUUUAGUGUCGAAGGCGGACAUUAUGAAUUUGUGCGAAUGCCAUUUGGCUUAAAAAAUGCACCCGCCACGUUCCAACGAGUGAUGGACAACAUCCUCAGGGAACAUAUUGGAAUUCGAUGCCUGGUAUACAUGGAUGAUAUUAUCAUCUUUUCUACCAGUUUACAAGAACAUCUUAUAAAUCUCUCUAAAAUACUGGAAACGCUUCGCAAAUAUAAUCUGAAAAUUCAGGUUGAUAAAUGCGAUUUCCUACAGAAAGAGGUAGCUUUCUUAGGUCAUGUGGUUACUCCGGAAGGCGUAAAACCAAACCCUGAGAAGAUCAGAGCUAUCCAAGAGUGGCCGUUACCAACAAACGAAAAGGAUCUAAGAGCCUUUUUAGGAGUUAUAGGAUAUUAUAGGAAAUUUGUAAAAGAUUUCGCAAAGAUCGCAAAGCCUAUGACUCAACAGUUGAGAAAAGGGGAAAAGAUCGAACACACUCGCGAGUUCAUCUCCUCUUUUAACCGCUGCAGAAACAUUUUGACUAGCAGCCACGUGCUGCAAUACCCAGAUUUUUCGAAACGUUUUGUACUAACUACAGACGCUUCGAAUUACGCGCUGGGCGCGGUUCUGUCGCAAGGUCCUAUAGGCCAAGACAAACCUAUCGCCUUCGCUUCACGCACCCUGACGAAGACCGAGGAGAAAUAUUCGGCAAUCGAAAAGGAACUCCUCGCCAUCGACUGGGCUUGCAAAUAUUUUAGGCCCUAUUUGUAUGGUCGGAAAUUUACACUGUACACCGACCAUAAGCCUUUAACGUUUACGCUGAAUUCUAAAACGCAAAACGAUAGACUUAUAAGAAUGAAGCUACGUUUGGAAGAGUAUGAUUAUGAGAUACAAUACCGUCCCGGCAAACAGAAUGUGGUAGCCGACGGAUUGUCUAGGAUCUCACACGAAAUUAACAUGAAUGAAAGUGAAUCAUCAUCAUCAUCAUCAUCCUCAUCGGAUUCAGAGACGGUACAUUCAGCCGAAUCAGAUAAUGAGGACUUAAUCCGUAUGGUCGAAACACCGCUGAACUUUUUCAAAAACCAAAUUCUUAUUGAAAAGGGAGAAAAGAAUGAGGAAAAAUACGAAGAGAUAUUUCCAGGAAUUUUCAGGCGGACAAUGACGCGUGCUUUCUUCGGAGUCCCUAUUGCAGUAAAAAUCUUCCGCGAAUACAUGCACCCUACAAGAGUAAACUGUAUUCUUUGCCCGGAGGAAUGGUUGAACAUCAUGCAAGUGACCUACAAGAAUCACUUCUCACGUGCUAAGAGUUUCAAAAUAAAAUUAACACAGUCAAUUUUACAGGACGUCACCAUAGAAGAAGAACAAAAUGACAUCAUUGAGGACACACACCAGCGUGCCCAUAGAGGAGCAGUGGAGAACUACGAAGUCAUUAAGACGAAGUUUUACUUCCCAAAAAUCAAGGACAAGGUACAACGCUUCAUCAACCUCUGUGAGACGUGCCUUGAAAACCGGAAUAAUCCCCUUAUUGAUAUUGACGAUCACCCUUACUCAAGCACAAAAACUAACCAUUAGAAACCUGCACGACGAACCUUUAUUGCUUGUAAAGGAAAGACAUUGUAAAAUUCAAACUGGAACAAUUAAAAUAAUCCACCCGAUAAAUCUGUCUUCUAUAGAAGAAACAGCGGAGAUCCUGAUUAAAUCAUCUUACCAUAAUAGUGCCCAAAUUACUAAUCCACUAACAAAUAUUCUAAAGUAUAAAGCGAAGAAAUUAUACAGCAACAUAUAUCAACUGAAACCUCAACCACACCACCGAUCAAGGAGGUGGAAUGCCGUUGGAACUGUGUGGAAAUGGAUCGCGGGAACCCCCGACGCAUCUGAUCUCCAAGCCAUCAAUACUACGAUGAACGACUUGAUUGACCAAAACAACCAACAGAUGAUAGUUAAUCAAAAUCUCAACACUCGGAUUCAGCAACUUACUCAUGCUAUACAGGAAGUAACCAAUCAGGCCAACCUAAACGACUUGCUAAUGGACGACAUCGAAACAAUUACAUCAAUCGUAAACGUAGAUAUUCUCAACCAGCUGCUCGAGGACAUUCAAGACGCAAUUCUGCUCUCAAAAAUGUCUAUUACUUCAAACAAAAUCCUAUCUAUUCGAGAAAUUACAACGAUAAGAGAACUUCUUCAAGACCAAGGAAUUAACAUUCACUUACCGGAUGAAGCACUACAAUACGUUACGCCAAAAUUCGCAACGAGUCAUGGAACAUUAUUAUAUUUUAUGCAUGUACCACUGUUAGAGGAGAACACCGCGGAAAUCAUCAGAAUAUACCCAAUCAUCAAUAGUAAUCAAUCAAUCAACCAAUUCCCAGAAUUCAUAGUCAAAAGUGGUGACCGUAUUUUUGUCACACAAAAACCGGAAGACUUCGUUCAAAAAUCUUCAUUCUUAAAGGAUCUCGAGGACGAAUGUAUCAAACCGUUAAUAACCGGAGUGAAGCCUAAAUGCAACGUUGUAUUCAAUAAUCAAACAAUAAUCAAACUAAUUUCUGACAACACCAUUUUGAUAUCCAAUAUAAGGAAUCAAACAUUAGAAUCAACCUGUGGACCAGAUAACCGAAGCCUAGAAGGAAAUGUGAUCAUCCAUUUUGAGAACUGCACAAUACAACUCAUCAACGAAACAUUUAGAAACGAGGAAUAUAUCGGCGAGCCCAAUAUCAUGUAUAACGCAUUCUAUAAUCUCAAACCGGACUGGAAGCUACAGGAAGAAAUCGAUUUAGGAAAAAUUCAUCACGACACAAUACAAAACCGACGACACCUCGAGCAUGUAUACCUAGAACAAAAUAAUCUCAACUUUAAGUUUUGGAGCCUGUUUGGAGGAUUUUCUUUUACCGGAAUUGCAGCAGUGAUUAUCAUCAUCUUAAUCAUAAUCAGAUACGGUGGAAACGGACCGGGACGUUCCUCACUUAGGGGGGGAGAAGUUAUCGCAUCAGUUUGCCCCAACUCCGAAGAAGCCAUACUUAGCCAACUAGAGGACAUCCAACAACAACAACAACAGUUAGCAACAUCGCUAGCAACUUUGAACGAGCCACACAACGGACGAUGAGCAAGAUCAGCAGUUUCCACGGAAUCCACACCUGUCUUCAACUUCACCGAAACCAGCAUGUCAGCAUCGCGCCACCGGACGACGCGAUCCAAUUACGCAUAAGGUAAAUUAGCCAGGGAACCAUUCCUCUUCCUAGCCAGGCUUUUGUAAGCUUAAAAUAAUAAAACGGCAAUUAGUCUUUACUCAGUAGUCAACCAGUGCGGUUCAA